UUUUCAUGAGGAACACUGUUCAGGAGCACAGUGCAUUUCGAUUUGCUGUGCAGUUAUACAACACAAACCAAAAUACCACAGAAAAGCCCUUCCAUUUGAACUAUCAUGUAGAUCACUUGGACUCUUCCAACAGUUUUUCAGUGACAAAUGCUUUCUGUUCACAGUUUUCCAGAGGAGUUUAUGCCAUCUUUGGAUUCUAUGACCAGAUGUCAAUGAACACACUGACAUCAUUUUGUGGAGCCCUUCACACAUCCUUUGUCACACCCAGCUUCCCAACAGAUGCAGAUGUGCAGUUUGUCAUCCAGAUGCGGCCAGCAUUAAAAGGAGCCAUCUUGAGUCUCUUGACUCAUUAUAAGUGGGAAAAGUUUGUGUACCUCUAUGACACAGAACGGGGAUUUUCCAUUCUUCAGGCGAUUAUGGAAGCAGCAGUACAAAACAACUGGCAAGUGACAGCCAGAUCUGUAGGAAGCAUAAAGGAUGUUCAAGAGUUCAGAAGAAUUAUAGAGGAGAUGGACAGGCGGCAAGAAAAAAGAUACUUAAUUGACUGUGAAGUAGACAGAAUCAACACCAUUUUGGAACAGGUUGUAAUCCUCGGCAAACAUUCUAGAGGCUAUCACUACAUGUUAGCUAACCUGGGUUUCACAGACAUUGUUCUGGAGAGAGUAAUGCAUGGAGGUGCCAACGUUACUGGAUUCCAGAUUGUUAAUAAUGAAAACCCAAUGGUUCAACAGUUUCUACAACGCUGGGUGAGGCUCGAUGAAAGAGAAUUCCCUGAAGCCAAAAACUCACCAUUAAAGUAUACAUCUGCACUGACGCAUGAUGCAGUCCUAGUCAUAGCAGAGGCUUUCCGUUACCUCCGAAGACAGCGUGUGGAUGUCUCCAGGAGAGGUAGUGCUGGAGACUGCCUGGCUAACCCUGCAGUACCAUGGAGCCAAGGAAUUGAUAUAGAAAGAGCGCUGAAAAUGGUGCAAGUUCAAGGAAUGACAGGGAACAUCCAGUUUGACACCUACGGGCGGAGAACAAAUUAUACAAUUGAUGUGUAUGAAAUGAAAGCCGCUGGAUCACGGAAGGCUGGUUAUUGGAACGAAUAUGAAAGAUUUGUGCCAGCAUUAGACCAGCUGCCUUCUAAUGACACUUCAUCUGUGGAGAACAGAACUAUAGUAGUCACUACCAUCUUGGAAUCACCAUAUGUAAUGUAUAAGAAAAACCAUGAACAACUAGAAGGGAAUGAGAGAUAUGAAGGAUAUUGUGUAGACUUAGCUUCUGAAAUAGCAAAACAUGUUGGAAUAAAAUACAAACUGUCAAUUGUUGGAGAUGGGAAAUAUGGAGCUAGGGACCCUGAGACUAAGAUAUGGAAUGGCAUGGUGGGUGAACUGGUCUAUGGGAGAGCAGAUAUAGCUGUUGCCCCCCUCACCAUAACAUUGGUGCGAGAAGAAGUCAUAGACUUUUCCAAACCCUUUAUGAGCCUGGGCAUCUCCAUCAUGAUCAAGAAGCCUCAGAAAUCUAAACCGGGCGUAUUCUCUUUCCUGGAUCCUUUGGCUUAUGAAAUUUGGAUGUGUAUAGUCUUUGCUUACAUUGGCGUCAGCGUAGUUCUUUUCCUAGUCAGCAGAUUCAGCCCUUACGAAUGGCACUUGGAAGACAGCAGUGAAGAACCACGUGACCCUCAGAAUCCUCCCGACCCUCCAAAUGAGUUUGGAAUAUUUAACAGCCUUUGGUUUUCCCUGGGUGCCUUUAUGCAGCAAGGAUGCGAUAUUUCUCCAAGAUCUCUCUCAGGGCGAAUUGUCGGAGGAGUCUGGUGGUUCUUCACUCUCAUCAUUAUCUCUUCCUACACUGCUAAUCUUGCUGCCUUCCUUACGGUGGAAAGGAUGGUUUCUCCCAUAGAGAGCGCAGAGGACCUGGCUAAACAAACCGAAAUAGCCUAUGGCACUUUGGAUUCAGGCUCAACCAAAGAAUUCUUUAGAAGGUCAAAAAUAGCCGUCUACGAGAAAAUGUGGUCGUACAUGAAGUCGGCCGAGCCCUCAGUGUUCACCAAAACGACGGCGGACGGGGUGGCGAGGGUGCGGAAGUCGAAGGGGAAGUUUGCCUUCCUGCUGGAGUCGACGAUGAACGAGUACAUCGAGCAGCGCAAGCCCUGUGACACCAUGAAAGUUGGCGGCAACCUGGAUUCCAAGGGCUAUGGUGUAGCAACUCCCAAAGGCUCAGCAUUAAGAAAUGCUGUUAACCUGGCAGUAUUAAAACUGAAUGAGCAAGGCCUCUUGGACAAAUUGAAAAACAAAUGGUGGUACGACAAAGGAGAGUGCGGCAGCGGGGGAGGUGACUCCAAGAACUCCUGUAAACCUUGCAGUAUUGAAACUCAGUGAACAAGGCAUCUUAGACAAGCUGAAAAACAAAUGGUGGUACGAUAAGGGUGAAUGUGGAGCCAAGGACUCCGGAAGUAAGGACAAGACGAGCGCUCUGAGCCUGAGCAAUGUUGCCGGGGUUUUCUAUAUCCUUGUGGGAGGCCUCGGGCUGGCCAUGAUGGUGGCACUGAUCGAGUUCUGCUACAAGUCUCGGGCCGAGUCCAAGCGAAUGAAACUCACCAAGAACACGCAGAACUUCAAACCUGCUCCCGCCACCAACACCCAGAAUUACGCUACGUACAGAGAAGGCUACAAUGUGUACGGCACAGAAAGUGUGAAAAUCUAGGGAUCCUCACCCUGACAGCACGCAAGAGGAGAAGCAGCAGAGAAUGUGGCUACUUCAUGGAUUCGGACCACCUGAGCCAGUCGUACUCUCUCCGAGGUGUCAGGCAUGACACGCAUUGAUGAUGGUGCAAUGUACUUUUAAUAGGAAAAACUGGUAUUUUUUCCUUCAGUGCCUUAUGGAAGACUCUGAGACUCACAACAAUGCAAACCAUCACCGAAAUAUUCUUGCUUUGCUUGAAAGAAGUAAAA